UAAAAAGUGAAUAACUUGCAAUUCUAUUAGAUUUUCCACCUUUAAUAGCGUUUAAAAGUACCUCUAACUAUUCAUCAUGAAGGUGAAACAGUCGAAGAAAAAGGAAGACUUUCAGAACAUGUCCCUGGAUAACUUUCUGGACAACAUGGAUGUGGACGUGGGAGAUGAUGAACCAGAAGAAAAGCGUAAGACUAAAAUGAAAUCGAAUGGUGUUGCAAAAGCGAAACACAUGCCGCACGCAAAUGGUAAUACUUUAAAUACAAAAACCAGCAAGAAACAAACGGCUAAACUAGCGAUGGCAGCGAAAUCUGCAUCACCAGAAACAGGACCGGUCAAAAAGAAGAUAAAUGGAGCCAAACCGCCGCUCAAUGGAAAGGAACAAAAAUCUACGGUGGUAGAAAUGGUUCCAAAGGGCGAGAUCAAUGGAAAAGCAAAGAAACAGAAGCGCCAAGCGACUGAGGUGAUGGAUGUGAAAAAUAGUCAAAGUUCUGUUGACUCUCUAGCGCGCCCGGCGUCUAAAGGAGAUGCGACGAAAAAGAGUAAAGAAAAUGCGGCAAAAAAGUCCAAAGACAAGCCAAUUGGAAAGGAAAAAAAGCUUGAACAACAGGAUGAUUCUCCGGAACCAAAACGGUUGGCAAAAGACAAGAAAAAGAAAGGAAAAUUAUCGCCAAAAAAAGACUCCGACGAUGAAGCAAACUCAGAUUGUGAGUCCACCAUGAAAGAGGUAGAACAAGAGCAUCAACAGGCCCUGGCUAGACUCGAGACUACUGAUCCAGAAUUGUUCGCAUUCUUGAAAAAGAAUGAUGAAAAACUAUUAAAGUUCGGAGAGUUAAGCGAUUCUGAGUUCGACGAUACCGACGACGAACUUGACGCAAACGAAGAAGAAGAGGGUAGCAUCCACGAGCUACCAAGCAAACUAGAAGUGGCCAGCGAUGAGAGUGAUUUUGAUCCAGAUGAGGAUGAUGACGAAGAACAGGAUGGUAGUGAUGGCGAUGAUGCUGAGGAGAAUGAUGAUGACGAGAAAGAAGACGUUGAAGACGACGACAGCACACCCGGCAAGAAGGUGACGUUCAAAAUGCUGCGAUCUUGGACGAACGAUUUAACCAACAUGCCCGUGAAACACGUUAAGGGCAUACGGAGCAUUUGCAAAGCCUUUAAUUCGGCACUCUAUUCGGUUACAGGAGAUAAAAGUGUAAUUCCUGCAUAUCGCGUUCAAGGUUCAGCUAUCUUCAACGGUAUCGUGCAAACGUGCGUCCUGCAUCUCGGGUCGGCCGUUCGAAGUUUCCUCGCGAUGAAUGAUAAAAGGCAGUUCAAGGAUCUGAAGAAUGACAGACGUUUCAAGAAGAUAAGGUCCUGUAUCCGGACGUACUUGAUCGAUCUGACCAAUUUGCUUGAGAACGUGUCCUCGCCUCACAUCAUGUCGGUGCUGCUGAAGCAUCUGCACCAGUUUUCGUCCAUCUUGGUGUGCUACCAAACCAUCACGAAACCGAUGCUGAAACGUCUGAUCGUUAUUUGGAGCAGAUCGGAGGAGGAAACGAUUCGCGUCCUGGCGUUCAUGUGCAUUCUGAAGAUAACGCACGCCCAACAGUCACAUUUCCUGAGUAACGUCCUAAAGGCGAUGUAUUUGGCGUACGUUAAAAACAGCAAGUUUGUAUCCCCGAACACCUUGCCCAACAUCAACUUCAUGCGGCGCUCGCUUGCGGAGCUGUUCUUGCUUAACUUCAAUCUCUCCUACCAGCACAUGUUUCUGUACAUCCGCCAGCUAGCGAUCCAUCUGCGAAAUGCCGUAAUUCUGCAGAAGAAGGACAGCUACCAGUACAUCUACAACUGGCAGUACAUCAAUUCACUGAAACUAUGGGGCGAUAUCCUUGGAGCAGCUCAUGCACAUGGUGGCGCGCUCGAGCCGUUGAUCUAUCCGUUCGUUUCGAUCACGAUCGGUGUCAUGAAGCUGAUUCCCUCAGCGCAGUACUUCCCGCUGCGCUUCCACUGUUGUCGCAUCCUUAUACAAUUGAAUGCCAAGACUAACAUCUUUAUUCCGGUGCUACCGUUCCUGGUGGAGGUAUUGCGAUCGAACAGCUUCAACGAAGAUCACAAAAAGCUGUCAAUGCGACCCGUCAAUCUUACGUGCUUGUUGCGGUUUUCACCGGCCAACAUCCAGGAGAAUGCAUUUAAAGACGCCGUGAUCGAUCAGAUUUAUGAGCUGGUGCUGGAGUUCGCAGCAAACGAGUCCGCAUCGGUUGCCUUCCCGGAGAUUGUGUUACCAAUCAUUUUGCAGCUCCGCCAUUACGCGAAGUCAACGAAACAGUACAAAUACUCGCGCAAGAUGAAGCAACUGAGCGACAAGCUGAUGGAGAAUUACGAAUUUAUGGAAAAGCGCCGCAUUAAAAUGAAUAUUCCGCUCAAGGAGGUGGAUCGUAUCCGCGCCUGGGAAGAGACGAUUCGCGUAGAGGGUACGCCUCUAGCGAAGUUCUACGCCACGGUGGCGAAGGAAACGGAAUCGGUCAAACGGCGACACGCUACGGAUUCGGAGAAGAUCAGCGAUUACCAUCUGCCGACGUUGAAGAAGCUACAGAAGAAGCCCGGGAAGAAACAGGACGGUCCAGUGACGCUGUUCCCAUCCGACGACGAGGGUGAGGAUGACGAUAACAUCGGGUUCGAUGACAUGGAGCAGGACGAUAGCGAUGUAGAAGACGACGAUGAAUCGGGCAUGGAAGAAGAUAGUGGCGAUGAAGAAAUGGAUUCUGAGGAUGAAGAAGAUGACGAGGAUGAGGAGGAAGAUGAGGAAGAGGAAGUACAGGUGUCGAAGAAGCGAAGUGCGAAGUCAGAUAAACAAAAGAAAAAAGCCCAACCAGAUAGCGAUGAAGAAUGUCCUCUAGAAGAUGGAAAAGAUUCAGAACAGGUAGACAUUGUAAAGGAUUUGAAGUUGGACGAUUGGGACGAUUAGAGGA